UCCAUGCCACCUGCUGGCCCUCCAGGGACCAUAUAAAUGAUCUGAACAGCCUAGUCGUCACUGACACAUACAGCUUGCCUUAACAGAUUAUUAGAAGCUUUGAUACCAGCCAUGUGUGAAAAUUGUCUUAAUAAUCACUCUAUUCAAGAGAGCGGGUCGUCUUACUUCUGAGCGGUUACUCUAUAUCUCUAAGCGACAAAAGAGAGAAUUAAAAAUGGGUGAUGUUGAGAAAGGCAAGAAGAUUUUUGUUCAGAAGUGUGCCCAAUGCCACACCGUGGAAAAGGGAGGCAAGCACAAGACUGGCCCAAAUCUCCAUGGUCUAUUUGGGCGGAAGACAGGUCAGGCCCCUGGAUUCUCUUACACAGAUGCCAACAAGAAUAAAGGCAUUACCUGGGGAGAGGGUACACUGAUGGAGUAUUUGAAAAAUCCCAAGAAGUACAUCCCUGGAACAAAAAUGAUCUUCGCUGGCAUUAUAAAGAAGUCAGAAAGAGCAGAGUUGAUAGCUUAUCUUAAAAAAGCUACUAAUGAGUAA